AUGAAAGCUUACAACGGCUUCAUCAACCAGACCAAGAUCGGCUGUAAGGAUGACGUUACUCUUGGAGAACAUGAUAUGCAGAAUAUCACUUUUUUGGCGUCCGGCAAUGAUGACUUACCACACAUAGAGAUCGGCAAGAAGAUACCAAUGAGGUUGGACAUAGACCCUCGAGCGGGUAGAACGUGUAGUAGCACAUACGAAGUACCAGCACCAACAACAUAUACAAAUCCAAAUAUACCCGCGAAAUUUGCUAUCGUUGUUCCCGUUAUGUGUCGCAUAAGGCAGAUCGGCAUGAGUAGUAGCAAUACCGCCGAUAAGACUAUGAAGCGAUACCAGAUUCCUGUGAACUCGACCGAAGCCCAGUGA